UGACAGCUGGGUAAAAAAAACAAAAAAAACAAAAACUCGCCGACAUCCAGGAAGAAAGAGGCGAAGCUCGGUCGCUCUGUCUGUUCCGGUCUGUUCCCUCUGCGACAACCUGCACCGCGGACUCACGGCGAUAUCAAAAAGGGACCGAAUCACUGCUUGACCACUGUAGCAGGUAUGGCUGAGUUGGCGGGUCUGGUGCAGCGGCUGGAGGUGGCGGUGGGUCGUCUGGAGUCCAUGUCGGGCCCCGGAGGCAGCUCUGGAGAAUCUGCCGGGGGAGCUGUGUCUGUGUACGUCGAGGCCUUUGACGAGAUCAUCCGUGGUCCUGUGGCCCAGUACGCCGCCCUCAGCCAGAAGAUCGGAGGUGAUGUCCAGAAACAUGCAGACAUGAUGAAAAAGGCGUUCUCCAGUCAGAGACAACUCCUCGCGACAGCCUCGUCCUCCCAAAAGCCGUCUGAUACGGUUCUGAUGACCCUCCUGCAGCCAGUGUCCAAAGCGAUCCAGCAGGUGCAGGCGUUCCGCGAGCAGAACCGCACCUCGACGCACUUCAACCACCUCUCCGCUGUCAGUGAGAGUGCGCCUGCCCUCGGAUGGGUCGCCAUGGCUCCUAAACCGUGCCCCUAUGUUAAAGAGAUGCAGGACGCCGCCAUGUUCUACACCAACCGCGUGCUCAAAGAUUUCAAGGAGAAGGACAAGACACACGUGGACUGGGUGAAGGCCUACGUCUCCAUCUGGACUGAGCUGCAGAACUACAUCAAAAAGCACCACACCACUGGACUGAGCUGGAGCAAGACUGGCGCCGUAGCUGCGGCCACUGCAACUCCUCCCAGCGCUCCGGCCGGUGGAUGUCCUCCCCCACCUCCCCCCGGACCUCCUCCUCCUCCCAUGGAUCUGAGCGGAUCCACCGGCGGCAAGGGCGGCGAUUCUGGUUCUGAAAACCGCAACGCUUUGUUCGCGUCCCUCAACAAGGGAGCCGACAUCACCAUGGGCCUGAAGCAUGUGAGCGAUGACCAGAAGACCCACAAGAAUCCGACACUGAGGGCUGAGACCGGUCCAGUGCGUACAGGGCCAAAACCCUUCACCCCCUCCCCCCGGCCGGCUGUGUCUGCCACCCCGACCCGCACUCUGCCCCCUGUGCUGGAGCUCGAUGGGAAGAAGUGGAAAGUGGAGAACCAGGAGGGAGUGCAGGACCUGGUGAUCAGCGACACUGAGCUGAAGCAAGUGGUCUACGCUUUCAAGUGUAACAAGAGCACCCUGCAGGUCAAGGGCAAACUCAACUCCAUCAUUCUAGACAACUGUAAGAAAGUGGGCCUGGUGUUUGAAAAUGUCGUGGGCAUCGUUGAAAUCAUCAACUGCAGGGACAUCAAGAUCCAGGUCAUAGGUAAGGUCCCAACCAUCUCCAUCAACAAGACGGACGGUUGCCAUGUUUACCUGAGCAAGGACUCCCUGAGCUGCGAGAUCAUCAGCGCCAAGAGCUCAGAGAUGAACAUCCUGGUGCCCAACGACGACGGAGAAUACUCGGAGCUUCCUGUUCCCGAGCAGUUCAAGACCAUCUGGGACGGCCAGAAGUUUGUUACCACAGCAACAGAGAUCGCCGGAUAGACGAGGGCAGCAUUAUAAAAUGGUCGCCCCCCCUUCCUCCUCGACGUUUUGUUUUGUUUUUUUUGCAAACGCCUACCUGACUGAUCGCCCACACCCAACCAGCUAACUCUCAACACUGUAGACUGAGAUUCGGACCUUGUGCGUUGUAUUCUCUCUCUCCCUUCUAACCCCGUCAGCCAAUCACAGCUUAAGCUGUCCCUUCCCUAAGCCAAUGAGAGGACUGCUUGCGUUACCUGGAGCAAAUCCUCCAGCCAAUCAGCAAGGGAGCAGCUUGUCACUAAAAUUGGGUUUUGCCAAUAGCUGGGAUGCUCUUUACGGUUUUCUUUUUCCUUCUAUCUGGAUAAUUUUAAAGAUAAAUGGAACAUGUAGAAUAGCCAACAAAAGCACUGCAGCCAAACAGGCUGGUUUCCUUGUUAAGUCGUGGCCUGUUUCACUUUAUGAAAAUCACUUGUGAAGCUCUUGUCAAACAAAAGAGGAUAAUGACAUCAUCCAUAUCACCGCCACUGUAACAUUAUGAACACGCACAUCGUGGAUAAUAAAUGUAUAACGUCAGCACUCGUCCGUGCACAUCCAUAGAAGUAAAACCUAGUUGUAUGCAAAACCACUGUCACAUCCUCAAACUCUUCAUCUAGGUGAUGUUGGUGUGAUGUUAAAAUAACAGGACAAAUUAGAAUUCCAUGUGCUUUCCCUCAAAGCCACACACGACAUUCCCGAUUUUAUUAAAAACAUUCCAUGGAAGGAGGCAUGUAUGGGAAAAAAAGUUUGCAGUCAAGAGCAAAGAUGUUGAUACAGAGGAUGAGGAGAAAUAAAAUGAUGGGGGAAAAAAUUAACAUUCGUUGUAGUUGAAUGCUCCACUUCAGUGUCUAGAUUGGAAAUACCUGCUCAUUUGUGUAUAUAUUAAUAAUAAUUAGUCUCAAAUGUUUGUCCUCACCAUCGACAUGUCUUCACUCACUCUAUACUCUUUGGUUCUCCACUGAUUACUCUUUUUUUUUUUUCAUAUUGUCUUUCUUUAACUUCCUUUUCUUUUCUUUCGGGUCCAAAAUCCGAGGUCUGCUCAUUAGUAAUGGAGACGUCAUUAAAAAAAAGUUGCAAUAAAA